GUCACCGGUUCGAAGUUUUGCACGUGUGGGAACUUACAUCAGACAUCAGUUGAAAACCUAUAAAAAAUUUCCCCAAGUGGAGGAGAUUGCGUACCUUCUUGAUGUCCUGGUUAUUUGGAGUUAACAAGCCUUCCUCACCUGGUGAGGGGCCUCCGUUGAUCCCGGGUUCUCCGCCGGGAGGAGACGAUAAAAGUGGAGGAGAUGAAGGAUCGAAGGAUGAGAACUCAGAGAAUGAAGGCUCCAAAGGUGCCCCUGUUUGGAGAAGCUUCGAUCCGUCGGGUCUUGAAAGGGCUGCUAAAGCUGCAAGGGAACUCGAGAAAUCACAUCACUCGAAGGAGGCUCUUGAGAUGGCAAGAGUUCAGGAAGCAACAAAGCAAUUGGAGCAACAGCGUAAAAUUAAGGAAUAUGAAGCAAGCAUCCAACAGAUACAAAUGGACAAAGUGAGAGUGGAACAGGAGGAAAAGAGGAAAACCCUUGCAGCAGAAACUCAACAACAUCAACAGCGUGCUCAGUACCAAGACCAGCUAGCAAGGAAACGUUACGAUGAUCAACUUUCACAACAGCGUCGUAUGAAUGAAGAAAAUUUAGCUAAACAGGAAGAGUCAGUGAAGAAACAAGAAGCCAUGAAAAGAGGCACAAUUGAAUAUGAAGCCCAGAUAAAACAUGACAAUGAAAUGAAAAGACUGGAAGCAGAGCUCCGUGGCAAAGCUAAAAUAGAACGUGAGAACAAGGACAUUAGAAUGGAACAGAUUAAACUCAAAGCUGCAGAGCAAAGAGAGACUGUUCUGCAAUCAAUCAAGACAGCAGGUAGCAUCCUUGGAGCAGGAUUUGAUGCCUUCAUCUCAGACUGGGAUAAGAUAUCUGCCACAGCUGCAGGCCUCACCCUCCUUGCACUUGGCGUUUACACAGCUAAAUAUGGCACAGGAGUCACAGCCAGAUUCAUUGAAGCUCGCUUAGGGAAACCAAGUCUUGUUCGUGACACAUCAAGAUUAAGUGUUUUUGGUACUUUGCGUCACCCAGUUCAGACUGUUAGGAAAAUGUUUGUAAAUUUUGAAGACUCAUUGCAAGGAAUUAUUUUGAGGCCCAGUCUUGAAAAGAGACUUCAAGAAGUAAGCAAAGCAACAGCGAAUACAAAGAAAAACAAAGGACUGUACAGGAAUCUACUGUUUUAUGGUCCACCAGGGACUGGAAAAACGAUGUUUGCAAAGAGCCUUGCCAAGCAUUCUGGGAUGGAUUAUGGUAUUAUGACUGGUGGAGAUAUUGUUCCUAUGGGAAAGGAAGGAGUGACAGCCAUGCACAAAGUGUUUGACUGGGCCCAGACCUCUAGGAGAGGUCUUCUUCUCUUUGUGGACGAGGCUGAUGCUUUCUUACGCAAACGUAAUCAGGAAAAGAUGAGCGAGGACCUGAGAAGCACAUUGAACGCUUUUCUUUACAGAACUGGUGAAUCUUCACGCAAGUUCAUGUUAGUUCUCGCUAGUAACCAGCCUGACCAGUUUGACUGGGCCAUCAAUGACCGGUUAGACGAGAUGAUUGAGUUUGGUCUGCCAACUCUCGAGGAACGAGUACGUUUAGUCCGGCAGUAUUUCGAGGAACACGUUUUAAAACCGGCCACAACAGGAUCGCGAACAAGUCGUAUGAAAAUUGCGAACUUCGACUUUAGCAAGAAAUGCCAGCAAAUUGCCGAAGUGACAGAAGGUCUCUCUGGAAGAGAAAUAUCAAAAAUAGCGAUUGCUUGGCAGGCCAGCGCUUAUGGUUCGCCAGAUGGUGUCCUCACAGAGGAUAUGAUGGAUGAAAGAGUGGAAGAAGCUGUACGACAACACAAGCAAAAAGUAGAAUGGCAUCAAACGGAGCCAUUAACUGAAACAACUGCGUCAGUGACCACAACAGAGAAAAAUAAAGCGUCCUCUCCGAAAAGAACUUAAAUUUAACUUAUCUUCAUUAAAUGAUUUGGGAAAUCUUUUUAAUAGAGUGGAGGAAGAAGUGAUAACUGCAAAAUUUCUAAAUAUUUAUCGUCGGCGACUUCCCUUAUGCUUCAAGUGCCGGGGAGAAGGUUCACUGACAGGUCUCAUGGGGUGUUUGAACAAUUUAUCAGGAUCUUCCAGUAAGACGAUAAUAGAGAAUGCUGUCUGUGUAUAGACAGUGAGGUAAAUGACACCUCUAACAUUCACUUUUCAUUUUGAUUUUUUUGCUCUCGACAUUUGGCCAGCUGGACAUACUACCUGUUCAGAACACGCGUUUUGAUUGGUGGUCAGCAGUUAGCCUGCGAACAGGCACUCGUUAUUAGUGUCAGACCUCUUGCACACUUUUCGCCGGCUCACUUUGCCCCAGGCCUUCGCGAGCGAAGAAACGCCCUUGCCGCAACUACCAAGCAAUACCAACACAAGCUAAAGUCAUCGCACAUUUGAUUUGCAGCUCUCCUGAGCGAGAGCGAUGACUCGAUAUCGUUUUUCUAACAGAUCACAGAUUUAUGCUCACACGGACUUAUUGCCGCCCUUUGACAACUGAGCUUAAUAUUAAUAAUUUUAAUGAAGUAAUUAAAUAAAAUUCGUCGAAAAUUUAUCGCAAUGUUUCGACAUGAAUGAUCGAUGA